CGUAACUCUCAUUUUCAGUGUUUUUUUUUUUGUUGUUUUUUUAAAGACAAUUUUUUUUUUAAAGGAAGAUAGCAAAACAUAUGAUGCAGGCCUUAGAACAUCUAAUAUGUCUCAAGACAUGAUAAGGCUAAUAAGAAUUCAAGUUACGAACAAUAGAUUCAAUAGAUCUUCAGAGAUUUUAGAAUUAUGUCUAUGGCCUCAAACUCUAACCAGAUUAGCAAAAAGCUAAUUAAUAAGGUUCUUGACUGUGAAAGGGAGUGCAAUGAAGGACUUGUAGCAGUUAACACCGGGAUCAGUUUGGUCGAUGGCCAUAAUGUGGUUGUCAGGACAGAUGCUCGAGAUGUUGCAGCUAACGGGAAAGUUAUCCUUAUCAGUGGUGGUGGCUCUGGACAUGAACCAGGGCAUGCAGGCUAUGUGGGUAAAGGUGGUCUGACAGCAUGUGCCUUUGGCUCUGUGUUUACAUCCCCUCCCCCAGGAUGUAUCUUGGCUGCAGUCAACGCAGCUUGUCAGCAACAAAAAGGUUGUCAGGUGUUGAUGAUAGUCACCAACUACACUGGAGAUAGACUCAACUUUGGCAUUGCCUGUGAAAGGGCAAGAGUCAAAGGUCACAUGACAGAAAUGGUUGUGGUUGGAGAAGAUUGUGCGCUAGAUUCAGUCGACCACUCUGCAGGAAGGCGUGGGCUUGCUGGGACAAUGAUGAUUCAUAAAAUAGCUGGUGCAAUGUCUGAGCAAGGAAAAAGUCUUGAGGACAUAGUGUCCUACCUGAAUUUAGUCAAAGAAAGAAUGGGUACCAUUGGACUCUCACUAUCACCUUGUUCAGUGCCUGGCUCGGGACCAUCUUUCUCCCUGCAGUCUGAUGAGAUGGAACUAGGUCUUGGUGUUCAUGGAGAGGCCGGAGUACGCAGAAUGAAGAUUCAAACAGCUAGAGAGGCAGUCAAAACUAUGAUGGAUCAUAUGAGGAACCCAAACACUUCAACUCAUAUUGAUGUCAAACAAGGUGAUAGGGUGGCUCUGAUGGUGAAUAAUCUUGGUGGAACAUCAGUUUUGGAAAUUAAUAUUGUUGCUAAGGAAGCGAUUUCAUAUCUAGAAGACAUUGGAGUCUCAGUUGAUAGGGCCUACUGUGGAACAUUCAUGACUUCCCUAGAGAUGGCUGGUAUUUCCAUUACACUGCUGCACAUUGAUGAUCUUCUUUUGGAAUAUUUAGAUUUCCCUUGUGAAAUACCAGCAUGGCAUGCCCCUUGCCUUGCUACUGGCCAAAAGCUUAGAAAAACUCCAGUGUUGGUUACUCUAGAAACAGAAAGUCACAGCUUAUCAGAUGCAGGAUGUGAAAAAUUGAGUAAAGAGUCUAGUGACAGAGUCUAUAAAGCUCUCAGGAAUGCUUGUGAACAGCUAGUGGCUAUGGAGAAAGAGCUGAAUGAGUUGGACACCCAGUCUGGUGAUGGAGAUUGUGGAUCAACUUUAGCUCUUGGAGCUAAAGCUAUCUUAAAGAAGCUGGGGGAGUCAACAAAUCCUGGACUACCUGUAGACUGUCCACAUACCUUAGCAUUGAGCCUUGGACAGAUUACUGAGAAUGUCAUGGGUGGUUCCUCUGGAGCUUUGUACAGCCUGUUUUUUACUAGUGCAGCUCAAGAACUAAGGAAAGCUAAUCCAAAAAGACUCUAUGCUGCAUUAAGCAGUGGACUGGAGUCCAUAAUAAAAUAUGGAGGAGCAAAGCCAGGUUAUAGGACAAUGGUGGAUCCACUUUAUGAAGCAUGUGAGUCGCUCAAGUCUCAAGACCUUAACACACUAUCUACAGAGUCUCUAUUCAGGAUAUCAUCAGAGGCAGCCAAACUGGCUUCAGAGAAAACAGUCUCAAUGAAUGCUCAGGCGGGCAGAGCUAGCUAUGUGAAUAAGUCUCUUCUAACCAAGCCUGACCCAGGGGCAGUGGCUGUAUCUGCUUGGUUGAAUGCUAUAACUAACUCAUUUUAGAGCAGUAUUAAUUAACAGUGUGAGAGAAAUUCCUAUCAAAGAAAUUGAGGAUCCAAUCAACUUAUAUACAAAUGCAGAAAUCGCUCAACUUCAGAGGUUUUGACUAUUUUGUGAUGCUAAACUUUUGUUUUUAUUUUGUCUGCAUUUACAACAUAACCAGAGGUCACCAUUUAUAUUUCUGGUGACUUUCAUUUUCAACACAUUUGUCUAAGGUAUAAUUCAAUAUUAUACAAUUUCCAACUCAAAUAAUUUGUCAAAUUUAUAUGGGUAAGUAUAAAGUUCAGCAUAGGAACAUUGUUUUUGUUGUUUUGACCUAGUGGCAAUUUUUUUUUUUUUUUUGUGAUUUAUAUUUGUGGGGGUUUGUAGUCAUAUCAAAUAUUCUAAGGGUAAAAGAUCUUUUGUUUGGUUUUGUUUUUUUUUUCAUGUUGACUGCAUUAUAAUGGAAAACUGCAAUCUAAUGAUAUUAUUAUUGUUUAAACAUCGCCAACUGAUUAUUUGUUUCGUUUUUACUUUUUAAAAUCUACAUUUUUCUGAAUGUCACAAUUUGUUAACAAGCUUAUAGCAGGUUUAUAAUGUUUGACAUGUUUUGGACAUAUUGACUUUUAUUUAAAUGUUGUAGUAUUCAAUGCAUUCCUUUUUCUAAAGUGUUUCUAAUUGAUAUGUUUUAUUUCUGUACUCUUGAAUAAGCUUGACACAUGAAUAUUUGGCUUCGGAAAUGGUUUAUUAACAGUUUGUAAGCAGAAAAGAGAAGGUUAAUAUAUUAAGAUUUUUAUAUAUUUUUUUUCCUGUAAGCCAAGUCAUAGCAACAUCCUGCUGAUCAUACACCUCAAAGAAUGUGCUCAAGAUUUACCUCUGGGUAAAAAUUUCUGCAUUAAUAAACAGAGUUUCUUCAUUCA